CAGGUUCACGUGACUGACCACCACCGUGAGUGAGUGGUGGAUGUCUUGGUUGGCUUCAUAUCAACGCUAACAGCCAAAAUAAGACCCAACCGCACCACCAUUACCAACAUAACCACAAAAAGAUAACACCACCAAAAUUAACAAAAGUUUCAUUUCUAUCAUUAACUCUUUUGACAAACACCUCCCAUUUCACUAAUGCUAGUGGUCUCCUCCCCCACCCUUUGCUUUCCCACUCACUCCUCACUACCCCUCCUCCCCCUUUCCCCAUUAUUGCUUUCUGCCUUUCUUUUUUUUUCAUUUUUUCAUUUUUUUUCCUUUUGUAUUUUUUUUUUUAUUUUGGUUUUUUUGAUACAUGUUAGCAGCUAAAACUCAUGUAAAAAGUUUAGAAUGGGAAGACAUGGAUAGAGAGCCUAACCAAGAAGAUCCACCUCUACUUCCUACCAAUAACUCCAAGGAGGACUCUCCUAGAAAGCCACUUGGUGGUGGUAGUAGUGGUGGUGGUGGUGGUGGUGGCGGUGCCGGUGGCGCUGAUAGAUUGAAAAGAGAUGAAUGGAGCGAAGGUGCGGUUUCUAGCCUUCUUGAGGCCUAUGAGACCAAAUGGGUGCUCAGAAAUCGCGCCAAGCUCAAGGGCCAUGACUGGGAAGAGGUUGCACGCCAUGUUUCAUCUCGGGCCAAUUGUACUAAAUCUCCCAAGACUCAAACUCAGUGCAAGAAUAAGAUCGAGUCCAUGAAGAAACGGUACCGGUCUGAGUCUGCCACUCCAGAUGCCUCCUCAUGGCCUUUGUUUCAGCGCCUUGAUCUCUUGCUCCGGGGAAGUGGCGCCCCUCCUAUGCCACCUCCAGUAACCACUCCUUUGAUGUUGCUUGAAACAUUGCCGCCUCAGCCACCCCCUCCGCCGUCUCAGCCUCCUCAUCCUCUUAUGAUCACCCAAAACUCCCAUGAGUCCAACGGCCUUCAUCGGGCUGCCAAGGAAGAUGCAGUGGGAACAAAAUUGUCUGAUCAUGCAUCAGAUAAGGUUCCCAUGGAGACGGAUAGUAGCACACCAGCCCUCUACAGCGAAAAGGAGAAAUUGAAGUCCAAGAAAAUAAAGAUGAGAAUAGAGAAGAAGAAGAGGCGAAGAAGGGAAGAUUGGGAGGUGGCUGAGAGCAUUAGGUGGCUAGCAGAAGUAGUUGUAAGGUCAGAGCAAGCAAGGAUGGACACCAUGAGAGAGCUGGAGAGGAUGAGAGUGGAAGCUGAUGCCAAGAGAGGUGAGAUGGAUCUCAAGCGCACUGAGAUCAUUGCCAACACUCAGUUGGAGAUUGCUAGGCUCUUUGCAGGCAGUGGGAAAGGCGUCGAUUCUUCAUUGAGAAUUGGAAGAAGUUGAUUAUGAUAAUAUAUGUACUUAUAUGUAUAGACUUUGUGUUAACACUGAAGAGAAGGAAGGGGUCAGAAAACUUUACUAUAGAGGUACUAUUGUGGGGGGAAAUAACAUCUCUACCUCAUUGUAAUAUUAUAUCUUUAAUUCAACAAGCGCAGUGUUUUACAUGGAAAGAUUCAAUUACAGUCACUUUCCAUGCAAAAGCUUGAUAACCUAGGAAUCAACUUGGUUGUGUAAAUGCAGCCCAAGAGUUGCAUUAGGAGGGGAGGAGUAAAGAAUCUGUUAUAUACUACAGCCUAAUUUGAUUCAAUGAAAAUCAGACACCCACUGGCCUUGUUAUCA